AUGGCCGACAAGGAUGCUUUCUCUGUCCCUUCCUGGGACGGCUCUGCCAAAAGCUGGCGCCGCUACACGCGGGAGGUUUCAUGGUACUUCAGGGCUACGCCCAUCUCCAAGCGGCGAUAUGUCGCUACCAAGUUGCUGAGUCGCCUGACGGGACCAGCAAGGUUGCUUGCGAUGUCAUGGAGCGACAUGGCCCUGGACGAGUAUGACGGCACGAAGGUUCUCCUGCAGAGGCUAGCUGCCUCCCCGCUUGUGAGGAGAUCGAUUCCAAAUGCCUCGGCCAUUUGUGGUCAAUACUUUGGCUUCCAACGAAAGCCUCAUGAGGCGAUGACGUCCUUCCUCGUCCGAGAGGCUCUUGGUUACAGCGAGUUCGUUGAGGCCUUGGUGAGAUUGGCUGAGGAGAAGAGAGGUGUGAAGCAGGAGGAUAAGGACUUUGGUUUGCCUCCGGAAGAGCCUGACUAUGAGGACGGCUAUGACUAUAAUCAGGACUAUGACUGGUCCUCAUGGCAUGCUUGGGGUGAGUGGCCGCUCGACGAUGAGAACGUUGAACCGCCUGAGGAGGGUGACUUCGACCCCAAUGCACCGACGGCUCAACCAACAUCCCUGCCGAGCGCUUCGACCAGAGCUGCUGCUGAAAGUGGUUCACCUCAACAUGGUGGAUAUCAUCGAGUCCCACAGGACAUUUCGCCCAGCCGACGUUCAGCUGGAGUGCAACCCUCUCAAUCUGGCCUCGCUGAUGACCUGUCAGAUCUGAGCUUCGCUGACUCCUUCGUGCUUGGAGUCCUUCGUGGGUUUCGGCUUCUCCAAUCGGCCGGACUGUCAGCUGAAGAGCGUCGUGACAUCCUUUCAGCAACUCAUGGCUCCUUGGACUUUGAGGAGGUGAGCCGUGCCUUGCAGACUCUUUGGGACGAGCAGUUCAUUGGUGCUCGAGCUCAGGUGUCGCACGUCUCCAACUGGCACGAGAUGGCCGUGGUGGAAGAUCCUGAACCUCAUCACGAUGACUGGUCGUGGGAUGCCUUUCAAGCUGAAUGGCAAGGUGAUGAUUGGCCCUCAUGGGAUUGGUCUGAGGCCAACUAUGCCCACGAGACUGUGGAUGACAAGGUCGACCAGGCCGAGGACGACGAUGAGAUCAAGGAGGCCCAGAAAGCCGAGAAGAUGGCCGAAUCUCUGGCCUUGGAAGCUCAACGAUCCUGGGCAGAUGCCCAGAAGGCCACGGCGGCCCUUCGACGUGACCGCGGCUUUGGACAUGCUGCUCCCACAUCGGGAAAGGGCCGUGGCCCCUGUUUCAUUUGCAAUGGACCUCAUUUGUCUCGCGAAUGCCCUGACCGUCGACAUCCUGGUCCUUUCAAGGUAAAAGGAAAGUUCAAACACCACUACAUGACGGAGUAUGACCCGUACAUGAUGGAGGACUUCAUGAUGGGCAAGAAGGGUGGCAAGAAAGGAAAACAAUCUCAUUGGAUGGAAGCCCAAGCCUGGCACAAAGGCAAGGGCAGUUCGACACGCUUCAAAGGCAAAGGCCCGAACCCUCGACCACCUGUCAAUGCCUACAACUCUGAAGUCUUCUUUGGUGGCCUUGAGAUGCAGGCCCAAGAGGCCGGAGCGCCACAGCCUGCGCCUUCUUUGCCGGCAACACAUGGUUUGCUGGAUUGCGGGGCGACGGCAUCUGCCGGUCCCCAAUUGGCCGUAGAGAACUUGGUUUCUGCAAUCCUUGCCAAGGACAGCAAGGCAGUGAUUCAAGUCCGCAAGGAUGAUAGGCCGCACUUUCGAUUCGGGAACGGCAAGUGGGGAAGGGCUUUGUAUCGUGUCUCGAUGACAUCGUCCGUUUCGGGUAGACCACAUCAUUUUCAACUAUAUGCACUACCAAAUCCGUCGGACAUGCACGACCCAUCGUUCAAGCCCUCAUCCAUGGUGCCGGUGUUGAUCGGAAUGGACCAUUUGUCGGGAACACGUCCUUCGAUGGUCAUCGAUUUCGCCACUGGACUUGCCUUGGACUCUCAUGAACUACAACCUGAGAUCUAUCAACUGGAGGUGAACCCCAAAGGACACUAUGUGAUGGACAUUGUCUAUUUCCUCACACGGGGACAUGAAUGCCAUGAAGGACACCCCCAGGUCUAUGUGGUUGAAGAGCAUGCGGUUUUUGAGAAUCACUUCAUUCAGUUCAUGCCCUUGGAGUUCAUGACCACUUCAAUGGACACCAGACCUCGGAACCAUGAUCGAAUCGAACAAUCUCGUCGACAUUUCCUUUCAAUUCGACGUCCCCUGAUCGCUCUUGCCAUGUCCCGCAACCGAGCUGCUCUCACAGAGAAGGAGGGGAACCUGAUUUGGGACAUCCGCGGCGGCACAGCCGAUCUCCGGGAGCGCCUGACGGGCAGCCCGGACAAGCAGGAGCCUCGACCUUUCGACGAGGGCCGUGCAGUGGGACCGGACAAUCGCGAUCCGAGGUGGAGUCCGGGUCAAUGGCCAUGCUACGGGGAGCACAUCGAGGACACCUGGAAGGCCAAUCCUCAUGCCAAGUACCUGCACUGCGCCACGUGCAACCUGAGGCUGCGCUACGUUCCUCGACACGGAUCCCAUGGGCAGAGCUCCAAGGUGCAGAACCCCACGAUGAUCCUCCGGAUGCUGACGACCCUGAAGGAAAGGAUGAACUCGGCACGACCAUCUGCCGCAAUUUGCCUGGCCAUGGAGAAGGCUAUCGAUGCCGAGGAGACCCUGUCCACCCUGAUCGGACGUCAGAUGAUUGCCCUGGACAAGGAAAAGGAGCGCGAGAAAGACAUCAAGGGCUACAAGACUGCUCCACCGUCCAAGGGUGCAUCCAAAAGCAAGGCCGCUCCGUCAAGUUUGACCUCGAGCUGGGACGUGGUACCGACCACACCACCGAGCCCGCACAAGGAUCCUCGAAAGAAGACAUUCCGGGAGCUCGACCUGGAGGACCUGCUGAAGGAGGAGGAGAUGCAGCAACUCAUGAAGCUGCUGGAGGAGCGCCGAAUGGAGUGCGACCAGGAGGGCACACUCACCGACCUUCCAAAGGCCUAUGGGAGCGAGGCCUGCAGCCAACACGGACUGAAUCCCAGAAGGAUCAACCUCUCCACUGGCUAUGACAUCUACCAGAGAUCCACCUGGGACCAUUUGAAAGUCCUUCGUCGCCAACACCGACCCAGGCGACUUUGGUUCAGCCUCCCAUGCACGAAAUGGUGUCGGUGGUCACAUCUCAACUACCGGACCGAAGAAGGUCGUGCCCAACUGGAAAAGUACCGCCGGCGUGAGAGAAGGAUGCUAUGGAUGGCGGCUCACUUCAUCGAGGAGAUCCUCAACGAGGAUGAGGAGGUGGACAUCUACUUUGAAUGGCCCUGGCCCUGUGAAGGCUGGAACCAACACCCCAUUGAGUACAUCCACAAGAUCCUGGCCAAUCACGGACGUGAAUGGCUCCCAUGCCGGAUUGACGGCUGCAACUAUGGGCUCCGAGCUUCUGAUGAAUCCGGUGGCUUCCUCAAGAAGCAGUGGCGUGUCAUGACCACCAACGAGCAGUUCCACAGCAAGUUCAAAUGUAAGGUAUGUCCUGGAGGCCACAGCCAUACUUGGAUUCAAGGCAUUGAAACUGCCAAGAGCUCCUACUACCCAUGGAGACUAUGCAAAUCCAUCGCUUUGGCCUGGCGACAGGAGUAUGUGUCUGACCGGAACCUCAAGCUCGUCUUUGCCCAGGAAGAUCAGCCGGAGAUGAUCACACUUGAAGAAGAGCUUCACCAUUUGGAGGAGCUACCUCAUGUACUACCUGCCUUACAAGAGGAACCAUCCUCGAGCUCUUCGUCACUGAGUCCUUCGAAAGAGGAGCUUCAAAAGUGGCAAGCACGGCUGUCACACUUCCACAAGGCAGCUGGACAUCCCACAGCUCGAAACCUGGCCAGACUGGUCCGUGAUGCAGGCUGUCCUGCCUGGAAAGUUCAAACCGCUCUGGAACACCAGUGCGAGACCUGCAAGUCUCUCAAGCUGGGCGGAACUUCAUCAGGACAGAUUCCACCUGCUGCAACUCAUCCACUACCUGGUGCCUGGGAAUGCAUUGGCCUUGACACCGCUGAAUGGCUCGUUCCAGGACAACAGAAGAAAGCACGCUUCAUCCUCAUCAUUGACCUCGCUACCAAGCUCCGUGCGGUUAAGCUCAUCAAGGAGUACCCUGAACUGGCAAUGCAGCCGGAAUCCUCCGAAGAGAUCAUUGAAGGUCUUGUACAUGGCUGGCUGGCGCACUUUCCAAAACCCAAGCUCAUCGUGGCGGACAACGCCAAAAGCUUUGUCAGCGCCCGCUUCCACGAGUUCUGUGAGGCAGAGAACAUUCAGCUGCACUUCCCACCAGAGAAGGAACCCUGGAGUCAUGGCAUUGUGGAGGCUGCCAUUGCUAACAUCAAACAUGUUGCAAGUGCCAUACAACUUGAAGCCUUGGACAACACACCAGCUCUUUCUCUCACCUUGGCUGCCUCCGCCUUGAAUGGAACAGAGUUCACUGCUGGAUACUCUGCACACCAAUGGGCUUUUGGCGCUCGCUAUGCCAUCUCCGACGAAGACAUUCGGGUAUGGAAUGCCAUUGACCCCAAGGAGGACUUUCUGCGAAUCUCCAAGGCACGAGCCGAAGCUGAAGAGAUCGCGAGACGAUCGCGUGCGAAAAGGGUGAUGAGCAAACUGACCAACACCACGGUCAAACAACCUCUGAGGACCUACAGUCCCACCGACCUCGUGAUGAUCUGGGAAUAUCAAGACAUCACCAAUGAGGAGCCCACUGAUCGUGAUCGUGAACUACCAGACUUGCCGCCAGAGCCGAAUGCCACGACAUUGGCACCUAUUCGACGGGCUGUUGGAAAGUCAACUCUCCAACCAUCGGACUACAAGGUGGUCAAGACGCACCUCAAGCCCGACUACAAGAGCACACAUCGAUCAAGUCCAAUUGGACAAGUGCGAGAGGCACCAAAGCCUCAGCAGUACCUUCCACAGCCUGAGAUCCCUAUGGCGGACUACACGCCCACAGAACCACCUGAUCCUGGUGAACUUCAGGAACGAAUGGAUGACGUCGUUGACAAGUCAGAAGCCGUGAACGACUAUGACAACCCCGACCUCGAAGCUCCAGAAGCCAAGAAGGCCAAGCUGGACCAUCGAACAGAAUAUGACCUCAAGUGGCUUGAACAGCUCCAUGCAGAAGCUCAACAAGAAGUCACUCAUGAAGAUCUGUUCACCUUCCUUCAAUCCUAUGAAGGUGACUGUCUGCACAUCGAGCUGGACCUGAACUUCAAGAACAGGCGAGAUCGCCGCAACUUUCAGCUGGACCCUGUCCUGUACCUGACCAAGAAGCUGAACUCUGCCGAGGUGUCGCUCAAAGCCCUGGGACCCGAUGACCUCAUCCUCUUCACCAGAGCUAAGGCGAUCAUCAAUGAGUGCCGUGCCCAAGCCACCUGUCUGGAGUUCAGUCGUUUUGAUGACUGUGAGUCUUGGGACCAAGUCGUUUUUGUGGGAAUGGGUGAUCAAGCCCACUCGAAUAGAGAGAAAGGGGGAAGCACUGGUGGGAUGGUGAUCCUGGCAUCUUCUCCCAAAUGCCUGGAUGGAGCGGUGAGCAAGAUGUCGCUGCUAGCUUGGCGCACCUGGAAGCUGAAGCGCCGUGCGGUGGGAUCAAACGACGCAGAAGUGCAGUCGAUUCUCGAGACCGAGGAUGUCCUGUUCCGCUCGAGGGUGCUUUGGGCAGAGCUCCAUGGCGCUGGGAAGCACGUGGCUUCCACACGUGGUUUUGACAUGGUGGAUGCCAUGGAGGCGGUGGCUCGCUUAGUGAGAGGCAUUUUGUGUACAGACUCAAGAGGAGGAUUUGACGCCAUUGAAGUCAGUGAGUCUCCACUUUUAGGUUUGACAAACCUCCGAGCGGCCCUUCAAGCAUUUCAAUUGCGCGACAAUUUGCGUCGCACGGGCUGCACGUUGAGGUGGGUUGCGUCGGAUUACGACUUAGCCGACGGGCUCACAAAGAAACGCCCCGAGGCGCGCAUCGGCUUAGAGAGAUUUUUGAAGUCAUGGCUUUGGGACAUUGCAUUCGAUGCAUCGUUCACGGCUGCCAAGAAGAACAAGCGACAAGGUCGCACAGCUGUGAAGAAGAUCGAUGACUUUGAAAGCUCAGGUACUGCUCUUGAGAACUUCAACAAAGGCAACACUCUUUAUAUGGAAUGA